AUGCCUCCCAAGACGACUCAUGCCCCUCCAAAGAAGGCCAAUCUCGCAAGUCUUCGGCUCACAUUGCAAAGCCCCAUCAGCCUGGACAAUCGCGAGUGGAAAUAUCAAAUUCAAAAUCUCCAACCUGCUCGGGAACUUGAUCAGAGGAGGCUCAUCAAGACGAUUAGCCUAAUCACCACAGGAGGAAGAAACGAGAUCGUGCUAUCAUUCGAGAGGGCUGAAGACAACCGAGCCAUCCGUGGAGAGCCGCUCAACAAGUUUCUUGUGGUUUCCAUUGCCGAGCUUCGCUCCCCACCCCGAUCACAACAUCCACAGCCUGCCCAGGACGCGACAAGCACUGCCACCGCUCUGCAGCCCCUAACUCCCAGAGAGUGUGCCGACUACGCUACCAGGGUCCUCAAAACCGGCAUUACUUUGCAGGGGGUACAUUACAACUUCUAUGGCCACAGCAACAGCCAGCUCCAGUCCCGCACCUGUUUUCUCUACGCCGCCCCCAGGGAUGUCAUCUCCCGCAGGGUUGAGUCGCUGGGCGACUUUUCAAAGAUGAAGACGGUUGCGAAGAAGGCCAAGCGGAUCGGUCUUCUAUUCUCCACGGCCAAGGCAGCCAUGACCAUCUCGCCAGACCGAGUCGAUGAUAUUCCAGACAUCGAGACCGCCGAUUACAUCUUCACCGACGGCUGCGGCUUGAUUGCUCCCCAACUCGCCCAAGAGCUGGCGAGGAGAGUUGGCAUCGUUUUCAGAGACCGCCGUUACACCCCCUCCGUUCUGCAAAUCAGGUACCGCGGCUACAAGGGGGUGGUCACCGUCGAUCCAGCCAUGGCGAAGGACAAGAAGUUCCUACUGAGGAUGAGGAAGUCCAUGAAGAAGUUUUCCGGCGGCGACGACCACUCGUUCUCGGUUGUUGAGUACUCAAAGCCGUACACUUAUGGCUACCUCAACGACGAGGUCAUCGUUCUCCUUGAUGCCCUGGGCGUAGACCGUGCCGUUAUCAAGCAAAAGCAGGAGGAGCAUUUCCGUUUCCUUUCCGACGCGUCCCAAGAUUCCAGGUCCGCGUUUCGCUUCCUCUCCUACCUCAACAUGCCCGAGCUUGCCGAACGCGUGUUGAUGGACUCGCUGGAGUCUGUUCGGCCAAAGAUCCAGGCCCUCGUCAAGAAUGAGUAUGACAAGAUGCUCAACAAGAGGCGCGAGCAGAAAUGCCGAAUUCUGCUCCCCAAGUCAAGGCUCCUCUUCGGUGUUUGUGAUGCCUGGGGUGUCUUGAAAGAGGGCGAGUGCGCCGUCAAGAUCACCAUGGACGGGGACGGACAGCCGGCCGCCUUGAAGGGGUGCGACGUCCUGGUCACGAGAAACCCGUGCCUCCAUCCGGGGGAUAUGCAGAAAUUCAAAGUCGUGGAGAAACGGGAGCUUGCUCACUUGGUUGAUUGCAUCGUAUUUUCCACCCAAGGCCGUAGGCCAGCCGCGGAUCUGAUGUCGGGGGGUGACCUGGACGGUGAUACUUUCUUUGUGUGUUGGGACAGCGGCAUCGUUCCGGCCACCAUGUCACAGCCGGCACAGUACCCCGGUGGCAAAGAGCGCAUGAGGUUCGAACCCAUUACGGACGACGACCGUCUCGAGUACUUCGCCCGUUACACCAACGCAUCCUUGGGCCGUGUCAAGAACCUCUACCUCGACUGGGCUCGGGCGUGUGGGCCUAUGGCCGAGCAGUGCCAGGAACUCAACAGGCUCUUCUCCCAAUGCGUGGAUGGCAACCGCAUCAGGGUACCUCAGAAGCUGGAGAAAGCCCCGCGUCCACCCGAGGAUGCCCUGCCUUUCAUUCUUGAUGAUGUCCAUGAUGCUGCCAAGCAACUCAUCCAACAAGCCCAGGCAUCAGACCGCGGAAGAGCACUAGACGGGUACGAUUUUGACGCUGUCGAGCUCCUCUUGAGCCGCGAGGACAUUGCCGUCUCGGAAUAUGAACUUCUUCGCAUGGCCUUGCGGUGGUGCCGCAAGAACGGGGCUCGGCUGGAGGACCUCCUUCACCUUUUUGAUCUGAAUGUCCUGACCAGCGAGGAGAGGGCGUGGAUCUUACAACAACUUCCCGCCUCACAAGAUAUCUCCGCACUGGUCCGGAAUGCUGUCCGUUCGUCUAACCUGCUCCCCGAAGCAGCUGCGGCCCGAUUCCAGCUUAAUCACCACGGCGUACAAUGGAAACGGGUUUUCGAUUCCUCACGAGAUCGACUAGCCACCUUUCUGGACACUGCGAGCAAGACAAUGGGUCUCUUCCACCGCAAGCUGCUCGUCCUGCGCGUCGACGAGCGGCUCACGCUUGCCAUCUACGUCCCGCGGAUUAUCGAGCCGGCCCAAGACUCGCUAGUCGACGACACGGUGCGGCUGUUCGCGUUCCCCCACACGCAGGGAACUGAGAUGCAGAGCCGGAUGUCCCUUCCCACCAAGAUGACGUACCAGCUGUACUGCGACGAGGGGGCGUUCCAGCUCUUUGAAGGGCAGCGGGCGAAUACCUGGAUUUACAUUGUCAGGGGUCGGUCAGACGACAGCUCGUAUCGGAACACCGAGAACGUUGGUGACCGGCGGAGACAGCGGCAGGAGACUAUCGACAGUGGAAUGAACUUCGACUACCGGGUCAGUAUUGCGCUUAACAAGUUCAGUAGUGGUCUUCAGAGACAUGUUGGGAGGGUAAACCGGAACGGCCUUUCUGAUGCGGAAAUAUAUGUCAUCAGCAACAGAGACGUCAACUCGAUGCGGACCCUUGACCUUUGGCUCGAACACAUCGAUACGGAAACGAGGCUUCCGUUGUUCGACAAGGAAAUCGAGGAGUACACGAUUCCCAGCCUGAAAGGCGUCGAUUGGGAUUCGGAACCAGCUUAUAUCGUUGAUAUCGCCCGGCAGCAGGAUAUGGCAGCCUUCAAGAGACUGGAAACACCCGCGCAAUUCGGGGAAGUUUUCACCUGGCUCCUUGAACGUUCUCAGUCCCUUCUGCUGCGAAGCUUCGACUACCUGCUCGCCGCAUUGAGAAACGGUGGUCUUGAUAAUAUCCGGCCGACAAUCCUGCUACCUACGAUGAUUACGUUUCUCAAGGCAGCCCCGUUUCUCGCCAUCAGCUUCGGCCGCAUGGAGCCAGUCGAGCCUGGAGACGGAAACGUCGAGAAUUUAGAGAUGGGGGUCUGGUCGGUAGAGGUCCUCCGCGGCUACAUCCUCUCAGCAAACGAGGCACAGGAGCUGGUUCUCGCUCCGUUGCGGUCAUUUUUAUCACGAGUCCGCAGCUUGACGUUGGACAGCUUCGCCAACCUUGUUGAGCUAGCCGCACUAACUGUGCGCCAACCGGAUAUUGCCGAGGACAUCCUCCUCGAGUGCUUCGAACGGGAGAGCGCUCGUCUUCUCCCAGGCCGACCCGCUCUGGUUCGCCAUUUCGUCCACAAUACCAUCGCGAUUGCCCUUGAUCACGUUGGGGAGGCAUCAGAACAAGCAAAGGCGAGAGGGGACUUGCUACAGUUGAAGCUCUUACCCGAGGACCGUGACGGAUAUCAAGUCGUCGAGAUCAUCUUCAGGAUCGACUCAACCGGUGGCACGCCUGAAAACUCAGCACAUGUACGCCUGACUGCGGCAACCGCACCGGCCAACGUGAUCCUCGCCAAACCAUACUCGAUCGAUGCUCUGGUCAUACACUCCGAGCAGGGUCUCGCUCGCUUCCAAUGCUUCCAUCCGCUUCCUUCCUUUUAUGAGCGAUGCCCGUGGAAGUUGGAGUAUUGCGGGCCGUUCACUACAACCAAGACCAUGUUCGACGCGGUGCGCCGCUUCGCCGUACAUUUCGAAGAUUGCUGCGAAGUAGCGAAUCAGAUCCUCUUGGGUGACGUCCCCGGGUCUCGAGGCCUCGACCUGGACAUCAAUGCCAAACGAGUCCUACCCGAGUACCCCCAGAAGGAAAAUCUGAAUGCGAGCCAGAACGACGCGGUUCAGGCCGCUCUAAACUCACCUGUUACUUGUCUAUGGGGCCCGCCAGGGACAGGGAAAACGGAGACGAUUGUCCAAAUCAUCCGCGCUCUCCAGAUUUGCUUCGACAAACCCAGGAUCUUAGUGACAGCCCCAACACACAACGCCGUGGACAACGUCCUGCGACGAUAUAUCGGCCAAGUGAGCUCGACGGUUCUAGCCAGCAACCCGCAUCUCGUCCCGCUGCGUGUCUCGACCGAGAUCAGAAAGGUCGCCGAAGACCUGAGGAAGUACACGUGCGACGCUAUGGUGGGCCAGGAGAUCCACGCCAACCGCGCGGCCCUAAACCAAGCAAAGAAAAGGGUCAAGGAAUGCAGCAUCAUCUUCACCACCUGCGUCGGCGCAGGUCUUGGCCUCCUCCGCGAGCAGGCGUUCGACAUGGUCAUCGUCGACGAGGCGUCCCAGCAGACAGAGCCAGCCUCACUGGUCCCGCUGGUCAAGGGCUGCCAGAAAGCCAUCCUAGUUGGCGACCACGUCCAACUCCGACCGACCGUGCAGCAGCACUCCCUGGCCAUGGAAUUUGACAAGUCCCUCUUCGAGCGGCUCUACACGCAACAGUCAACCGCUACCAUGGCAGCAGCCGCCAACCCCUCCCCACUCGCCUCCCCGCCGGCCCUCGCCCUCCUGAUGCUCGACACGCAGUACCGCAUGCACCCGUCAAUCAGCGCCUUCCCCUCGGCUGAGUUCUACUCGCACCGCCUGCGAACGGGCAUCCCAUCCAGCGCACGUCCGCUCUUUCAGUCCGCGUUUCCAUGGCCAGCACAGAGCCCGGACGCGCACCCAACAUCCCACCCACACCCUGAUGACAACGGCAACGGCAACGGCAACGACCUAGCGCGUAGCGUUUUCAUCGAUUGCAUAGCGCGCGAGGAGCUCGGCGGCAAGUCCAAGACCAACGCGGGGCAGGCCGAGCUGUGCGCGCGCUCACCGACAUCCCACUCCCAAUCCCACCCCCAAUCCCAACCCCCCUCCCCACCAUUCACAACCCCCACCCCGCAAUCCAUCGCCGUCCUCACCCCCUACGCCAAACAAGCCGACCUCCUCCGCCGCCUGCUCUCCAACACCGGCACCGCCACAGGCACAUCCCUCGUGGAGGUAUCCAGCAUCGACGGCUUCCAGGGGCGCGAGGCCGACGUGGUGGUGCUGGUGACGGUGCGGUGCAACGAGAGCGGGGAGAUCGGGUUCCUGAAGGACGAGCGGCGGAUGAAUGUGGCGCUGACGAGGGCGCGGGCGGGGGUGGUUGUUUUGGGGAGUCGGGAGACGUUGGCGGGGAGGAGAAGGACGGGGGGUGGGGAUGAGGGGGAGGAGGGGAAGGAGUUGUGGAGGAGGUUGCUUGGUGGGUUGGCCGGUGUGAGUGUGGAGGUGUUGGAGGGGAUUGAGAUUUGA